GUCCUCUUGUUCCUUCUUCCUUUUUACUCCUCGUCGUCGUCUGUCUCUCUUGCAUUCAUACUCUCAAGCACCACUCAUCGCCGAGCUAGCAGACCAGAUAUAGGCGUGCUGUCGACGUGUCGAAACUACCCAUCGUCAUAGUAUACCAAGAAUGAGCGACACCAAGCAGCUCCCCGCGCCCGUCGUGGCAAAGGCAAAGCCCAAGCCGUACCCCUUCUGGCUGGGAGGCGUCGCCGCCGCAAUGGCCGCGUCCAUUACCCACCCGCUCGACCUGACCAAGGUGCGCCUGCAGGCGACGGGCGACAAGGGCAUGAUCCAGAGCAUGCGCAAGACGAUCCACACGGCCGGCAUCCGCGGCCUGUACGACGGCCUGACCGGCACCCUCCUCCGCCAGAUGACGUACAGUGUCAUCCGCUUCGCCGUCUUUGACGAGGCCAAGGCGUAUCUGCAUACCACCCCGGGCCCCGCGCCUGCGUGGAAGCUCGCCCUCGCCGGCUCGAUCGCCGGCGGUGUCGCUGGCGUGCUGGGCAACCCCGCCGAGCUGAUGAUGGUCCGCAUGCAGGCCGACAAGGCCAAGCCGCCUGAGAAGCGCUACAACUACCGCAACUCGGUGCAGGGCCUGUACACCAUGGCCAGGACCGAGGGCAUUCUCUCGUGGUGGCGCGGCUGGGUCCCCAACACGAUCCGUUCCGUGCUCAUGAACAUGACCCAGCUGGGAGCGUACGACUGGUUCAAGUCGUCGCUGCUCCAGACUGGUUGGCUGCCCGACGGCUCGAUGCUGCACUUCCUCGCCUCGCUCGGUGCCGGAACUGUCGCCACGGCCGUCACAUCGCCCGCCGACGUCAUCAAGGCGCGCAUCAUGAACGCGAGCAAGGGCAACACGUCGGUCCUCCAAGUGCUCCGCGACUCGAUCACCAAGGAGGGCCCGCGCGUCCUCUUCAAGGGCUUCGUGCCCGCCUGGAUCCGACUCCAGCCCACGACGACGCUCAUCUUCCUCAUCCUCGAGCAGCUCAAGUCGGGCGUCGACCGCUACCGUGCCACGGGCGGCACGCUUCUCUAAGUAGUGCCCUGCUCCGGCACGACCACGGACGACCAGCGACGCACACGGCGUGCGUCGGUCGGAUACCUCACCAACCAGACUCUGGCAGCUUGACACUCGCCACAAGGGACCAAAUAGCCCCCAACUUCACUACACCCCACAGCAGCACAGCAACCGCAUCCACUGCACCUGCAAGCCGCGACAGGGCGGCCUAGCC